AAGCAAGUUGUUCCGAUUGAUCCCAUGUCCUUGAGCACCAAAGCACGAAGACGUAUGCGUACUUCACGUGAAGAAACUGCUAUUCUGGAAGACUUUUAUAAUAAGAAUCCUAACCCUAGUAACGGUGAAAAGGCAGAGAUUGCUAAUACUGUCAAGAUGGGACCAAGAAACGUUCAUUUCUGGUUUCAAAAUCGAAGAGCCAAAGAUAACAAGAGACGUAAAAUGAUUAGG